AUGCCACCUCACGGCCGAUCGGGAAAAGGUCCUCAUAUGACAAUGCAGCCUCCACCACACAUGCAUUAUCCUCCUCCUCCGUACGGAAUGGCCAUGCCGCAUCAUAUGCCACACCAUGCCAUGCAUCCUCAUGCGCCGCCUCCAUACCCACCCGUGCAGCUCCAAGCAGCACAACAGGGUGUCAAUAGCAACAAUAAGUUCAACAAACCAAAAUCGAAACUAUCCAUGGGUGGUGGAUCGUCCAGCAACAAAAAGUCCACGCCAGUGUCUGGUUCUCACAACGACGAAAACAACGGAAGUAGCAGUAACAACGCUGGCAACGGUUCCAGUGGCAAAAAGACAGGAAUCAAGUGGACCAAGUCGGAAGACGAGGCACUUCGGACCGCAGUCGAAGAACACGGAGCCAAGAACUGGAAACUGAUCUCUCAACGAUUGCCACAACGGUCCGAAGUGCAGUGUCUUCAUCGAUGGCAAAAGGUACUCAAGCCAACUCUGGUGAAAGGACCAUGGACAGAAGAUGAGGACCGAAAGGUAGUGGAGCUAGUCAAAAAGUAUGGAGCCAAGAAGUGGUCCCUCAUUGCGUCCAAUUUGCCGGGCCGAAUCGGAAAACAAUGUCGCGAGCGAUGGCACAACCACUUGAAUCCGGAUAUCUCUAAAGAAGCUUGGAAGGUAGAAGAGGAUCGCAAGAUUCUUGAAGCGCACAUUACUCUGGGCAAUCGCUGGGCCGAAAUCGCCAAGAUGCUACCAGGAAGAACGGACAAUGCCAUCAAGAACCAUUGGAAUUCCUCCAUGCGGAGAAAGAUUGAGAAAUACCUCGCCAAGAAGCAGGGUGUCGACCAGGCCAACAUUCGCUACACUGAGGACGGGAGAUUUGAUUUCAUGGGAGACCUCGAAGGAGUGUUAGCAGCCGUCCGAGGCAAGGAUGGAACUGGGAGAGGCCGCGGUAAGGAUCGCAACUGCAACAAGAAGAAAAAGAAAAAGCCCGAGGAAAUGAUGGGACCCAUGCGACAGGCCAUGUUCCCAAUGCCAUACCCGCCCUAUGCCAUGGCUCCUCAUGGGAACUUUAGAGGACCUCCCAUGAACAUGGCUUUUCUAGGUGCAACUGCCAAGGACAAGAAUGCAAUGCAGGAUCAAAUGUACGGCAAGCACCCUCACUUUGGGUUUUCACCAUGGCAGCAUCCUGGUGCACAUGCUCCUUAUCCACCUCCAGAAAAGCCGACAAGCAGCAUGUCACCUUUCAAUGGCCCUCCUAGUGCGAUGAAUCUGACUCCUGCUGGCAAAUCAAAGACUCUUCAAAACAUUGAUUUCACCAGUGGAUGCAUGUCGAGUACACGCAAAUCAGUCUUCGACUCACCCAAGUCCAUCGGCGGAAGCCUCGGUCUCAACAUGAUGAGUCCCCCCGCCGACAUGAAUGUACAGGGAAUGACGCCAAUGUCCAGUUUGCAGGAUACAUUUGCUACUCCUUUCCACAAGCAGAUGUUAGACGACCUUUCUCCUGGGGACGACGACAAUCUGAACAAGAUGCUAUUCGCGGACGAUGCUGACUAUCAGCAAGAUAGUUCUUUCCUCAAGACACCCAACUUCCGCUCCAGCCGAGAAAAGAUUCAUUUCCGAAUUGGCAAUGAUUCAGCCAUCAUGAAAGCAUCCAUGGGCGACAUGCGCAUCAAUCGUGUUGCCAUUUCUCCUAUUUCACAAAGUGCAGCCAACUCCAGCUUCUUCUCAGAGGGAGAUACGGAGCUGACAAGCUGCUUCAAGUCGCUGGCAGAAGUGACACUCAGCGCUACCAAACCAAUCGGAAGCGACGGCGCCGACGCCGCAGCAGAUUCAAAAGACGCGGACAAGGAAAUGAUGCCACCACCGAGUUGCACCAAGUCCACCACAGCGAAGACACCUGCCCCGGUUAAGAAAGAACUCUCCACCCUUUCAGAUGAUCCCAUCAUGUCCACAGCAGAUACACCUCAUAAUAUCACGGAAGAUAUUGGCGUGCCAACACCGUUCGGAUCAACCAGCAAAAUCAUGGGAAGCAUCAUGACACCUUCAACCGCCGCUUCCAGUGAACCAUCCUUUUGGAGCCAGCAACUUGGAUUUACACCUGGCGAAAACUCUUUCACGCCCUUCCGGUCACCAGGAGCACCAGGCGCCAGGAACGAACCAAAAUCGACAGUCAGGAAAUCCGCGAAGCGACAGACUUCCGCACCAGAUUCAGUUGCUCCGGAGGCGAAGCGGAUCAAAAUAGAAGAGACAAGCCAACAAAUGGUCUCGUGA